ACAUGGGAGGAUUCGGCUUCCUCAAAAGUGAUCCCCGGUAUGACCGGCUAGAGGAGAAAGAGAGCGAGCUCGAGAGCUCUAGUUUAGAACCCUCGUCCGGCCCAUUGAUACUCUCCCACCCCGUUGCACUCGCCAUACACUCCCUUCUGGCUGCGUUGUGGCUAUCUGCGGCGUGGUAUAUCUUCCAUAGCAGAGACUUGAGCGCUCCGGGUCUCCGCGCCCUUGAGUUUGCUCCCGUGGCGACUGCUAUCGAGUAUCAUGAUGUUGUCUUCGAGAUGAGCGGGAUGGGCACGCGAGAACACCCCGUCACGGAGUAUGAGGGGCCUCCGUCGUCGGAGAACAACCUCAAAUGGUAUGAGCUGCUGAAUGCUGGCAUCAUCGCGCUGGACGAGAGCAUGUUCAAAGCAUUGGACCAAGAGACGGAGCCCUCGUCGCCAACAGACAACACGCCUUUGAUCCAUCUUGAGGUGUUUCACCAGCUUCACUGUCUCAACUCGCUGCGCCGGCUGAUCUAUAACACCUCGACUUUUACCACGGGCAUCAACGCAGAGAUGCACAUGGACCACUGCAUCGACUAUCUUAGACAAAGCAUCAUGUGUCACAGCGACGUAACCCCGCUGGUUCACAUCCCCCGUCCUGGAGGCCCGCGACUCGGCGGCGCGCCGUGGAUGCCCAACUUCGCAGUCCGGCAUACCUGUCGCGACUUUUGGAAGAUCCACGCGUGGGCGGCGCAGUAUAAUACUUCGGGCUGGACGAUCGAGGGGUAUCCCAACCAGGGAGUGGAUUUGGCGGAGUAGUAG